UUUCUCAAAAAUCACACACACACGACGAGUCACUGAGUCGACUCAGUGUAGUACCGAGUAACCUUUGCCAAUUUUUAAAGCAAUAGGGAAGAAAGAAACCUUCCACUCGGCCCUCUGUCGAUCUUGAUCUAGGUACCUCCCUUUCCAAAACUUCUGAUUUCAUCGAUUUGAAAUCCCAGUUGCAUCUGAAUCUAUCGCGGCUCGAGUUUCCCAAAUACCUCAAUUAAGACCGUGUCGAACUGCUGAAUUUCUUAAAGUCGAUCUCUUUCUGCUUUAAAAGGUCAGUUGAUUAUGAUUAUGAUCGAUAUGGAUGCGGGUUUGGACGGGAUUCGAUUUUGAACUAAUCAAGUUUGAAAAUUUGGGUUUUGGAAUCGACCCUUUGGUUUGAUUGUUCGGGAACCAAUUUUGAAUGUGAUCUGGGUUGGGGAAUUUUAGGGUUGUCAGCUUGUAAUCAGUUGCAUUGAUAAAAUCUUUGGGAAUCUGUGGGCUUUGUUUGAUAAUUGCGUAUUCGAUACACAUCAACAUUGGUUUGGAUUGGGUUUGAAAUCUGAAACUUGAAGGAUUUGGGUUCUGGAAGUGACCCUUUGGUUGGAUUAUUCUGGGAACCAAGUCUAAAUCCAAAUUAACGAGGUUAUGAUAUAUUUGACCAUUUGGGUGUGAGAAAUUUAGGGACUUUUUGCCUACUUGUGUUUCAGUUGAGAGGGUUUCAUCAGUUGCAUUGGUAUGAAGAAUUCGGUUGGUAAUUCUGAGAGGAAAGUUGAUUUUGUUUCAUAUCAAAAUCACUACGAAUAUGGGUUUGGGUUGGAUUUUUAGCUUCGAAGUUUUCACAAUUGGUUGCUGAAUAUAAGAGAAAAGGGUUUUUUCAUUUUGGACUAUUUGGGUGUUUUAGGGAAUUGGGAAGUUGGGUUCUUUCGGUAGCAGUUAAUAUCAUGUUCUAUGGUGCGAAGUUAUGGGAUCCAUGGCUCAUCGUCGUCCAAAUUGUUUGCCUGCAGUGCUUGUACUAUCUAACUCUGGGAGUUUUCAUGGCAAUCCUUGUUGGGACUCGUGUCUCUCGGAUGAGUUUAGUGUAUGUCUUUGAUUAUGCUGCCAUCACUGCUUCUACGGUUACUGGUUGGUGUGUCAUAGCAUCAUUUGUGCUCAGUUCGCUAGCAGGAUCUGUUUACAUGCUGUAUUUGGUUGAGAGGGCAAAGAAGUGCUUAGAUUUCUCAGCCACCCUCUACAUCAUCCACCUCUUUAUAUGCAUCAUGUAUGGAGGUUGGCCUUCGUCAAUUAUUUGGUGGAUUGUGAAUGGUACUGGAAUUGCAGUGAUGGCAUUGUUAGGUGAAUACUUGUGCAUAACAUUCCGUGAGAUGCGAGAAAUACCCAUAACGAGACACCGUUCAAAUUGCCCUUGGGUACAUUUAGUAGGUAUGUCGGGGAUAGUUCGGGUGACUAAUGUGGUACUUUUGUUUGUUUUUGACAUCUCCAAUUCCUUGCUGAUAACAUCCAACUGUUAAUGGUACACUUCUAUUGAGAAUACUUGUGCUGGUAUCAUCUUGCCUGGCUUUUGUACCCCUUCCAGCUAGACAUAUGAGAUGAGGCAUCUCCUUCAUUUUGAUUGUUUGACAUGGUUAUUGGAUUCUAUGGCGUGGCGGAAAUUACUUUGCUUGAUUUUUGGAAGACUAUUCUGUUUCGUGUUUUGUAAUGGAUGUAUUUACCUUCUUCAUUCAGUAUAUGAAUCGUACUGUUUAGCCUAACAUUGACCAUCUAUUUGGUUAAUGUAUCAUAAAUGAAAAUAAUGCAAUUCAUAUUAGUUUGGCCUGGUGCUUA